AUGGAGAAAAAGACACUUUGGAUACUCGGUUUGUUCCUGCUGAUUUUAAGCAGUGUUUUAGAGACUUCUAACAGUUUAGUGGAGUGUUUGGAAUCAACCCGGAGUUAUGACUACACUAAAUAUCACCCCAUGGAUGAGAUAUACAGAUGGAUGGGGGAUGUGGAGCGAGGGAACCCAGAGCUGGUCUCCUCUGCUGUCUAUGGACACACUUUUGAAGGAAGAAAUAUCACACUACUGAAGUUGGGACUAGAAAACCCAGAUGGCAAAGAAAAGAGGGUUAUAUGGGUGGACUGUGGUAUCCAUGCUCGGGAGUGGAUUGCUCCUGCCUUCUGUCAGUGGUUUGUCAAAGAGAUCGUGCACUCUUAUAAAACCAACAAGAAGCUGGAGCAGAUGCUGCAGAACCUUGACAUCUAUGUGACCCCUGUGAUCAACGUGGAUGGAUACAUGUUCACCUGGGCCAAUGACAGUACUCGUCUGUGGAGAAAGUCUCGUUCAACGCCUCCUCCUGGCAGCAGCUGUUAUGGUGUUGACCUCAACAGGAAUUUCAAUGCCAACUGGGGAACGGUUGGUGUGUCAUUCGACAGCUGUUCGAACACCUACUGUGGGAAGUCUGCAGGGUCAGAGCCAGAGGCUAAAGCUGUGAUGGACUUUGUUGGUAGGAUGUUUAACCAGACUCUGUGUUUCCUCACAAUCCACUCUGCUGGGCAGCUUAUACUGCUGCCAUAUGGCCACCCUGAGAUCUCUGCACCAAACUACAAUGAACUGGUAUCAGUGGGUGAGGCAGCAGCAGCAGAGAUGAAGAAGGUACAUGGGAUGGACUACACUGUAGGAACAUCUCCACAAAUCCUCUAUCCAAACUCAGGCUCAAGCCGCGACUGGGCUCGUCUCAGUGGCAUCCCAUUCUCUUAUACCUUUGAGCUGAGAGACACAGGUGAGUUCAGCCAUUUGCUUCCAGAGGAGCAGAUCCAGCCGGCCUGCGAGGAGGCCUACACAGGAGCUCUCUCCAUCGUCACAUAUGUUCACGACAAGACCUUCAACAGCGGUACCCUCCCUAAUGCUGGGGGCGCUGUGAUCAUAUGGAGCAUGGCCGUGUCUUUCACCACAGGGGUUUUGGUAUAA